UUCCGGUGUAAGAUAAAGACACACGCGGAUCUAUCGAGAAAAGAACGCGAAUAAUUAUAAUAUUAUCUGGAAUAGAGAGACGUAUUUAUUAAUUUUACAUAGCCUCUUUUUAAAAAUGUCCAAUAACGGUGCUCCGGACUCUUGGGAAAGCCAAGCUGAUGUUAUCGGUGAACAAGGUGCAAAAGAUGAUGUGUCUACAAAAUUUUCCACGUUGAAUGUAAAUGCCGUGGAAUUCGUGCCUUCUUUUUGUAAGCCUUCCCAAGAUAAUGACAAUAGCGACUCUCCUACUUCUCCUCAAAAGUCUGAAAGUGGAUCUACAAAUUCCGCUGCCAGUCCAGUCUUAAACGGAUGCGGCGAUGGAGGGGAAAGUGGCGAUGGAAGAGCGGCGUCCGCAUCGCCGCGGGUGGAGGAACCGCCUCCUGUACCACCAGCUGUGGCACCGGUAACAGCCCCUCUGCCCGUCCCGCCCGACGUGUCCCCCACAGCUGACAGCUGGGAAGCUGAAGCUGAUGAUGCAUUACUCACACCUGAAGAUACUAAUGAAGUAGAGGAAGAAGAAUUAGAACAACAGGAAGAUGGAGAAACUGCAAAGAAAAUUCCUAAAAAGAAACCUGUCAGAGUUGAAGAUACUCGUAGCAAGAAAGAACAUGUCAAUGUAGUAUUUAUCGGACAUGUUGAUGCUGGAAAAUCUACUAUUGGUGGUCAAAUAAUGUCACUAACGGGUAUGGUGGAUAAAAGAACAUUGGACAAAUAUGAAAGAGAAGCUAGAGAAAAGUCAAGAGAGUCAUGGUACUUAUCAUGGGCUCUUGACACUAAUCAAGAAGAACGAGACAAAGGAAAGACUGUAGAAGUUGGUAGAGCAUAUUUUGAGACUGAAAAAAAGCAUUUCACAAUUCUGGAUGCACCAGGUCACAAGAGCUUUGUACCCAACAUGAUUGGUGGUGCAGCGCAGGCUGAUCUAGCAGUGCUCGUAAUAUCAGCGAGAAAAGGUGAAUUUGAAACUGGUUUCGAUAGAGGAGGACAGACACGGGAGCACGCUAUGUUGGCUAAAACGGCUGGAGUUAAACAUUUAGUAGCCCUUGUCAAUAAAAUGGAUGAUCCUACUGUCAACUGGGAUGAAAAGAGAUACAAUGAAUGUCGGGACAAAAUCCUGCCAUACCUCAAGAAAUUGGGCUUUAACCCAGCUAAGGAUUUGUCUUUUCUACCUGUGUCUGGACAAACUGGUCAAGGCUUAUUGGAGAGAGUGUCGGAAGAUAUUUGUUCGUGGUACCAAGGUCCAUCGUUUAUCCAACUUAUUGAUGAGUUACCAUCGCUCAACCGCAAGAUGGAUGGACCUUUCAUUAUGCCUGUCGUUGACAAAUAUAAGGAUAUGGGCACAGUGCUCAUGGGAAAAGUUGAGGCAGGCACUACUCGCAAAGGCGCUACUUUAUUCCUUAUGCCAAAUAGGGUUCAAGUGACAGUUGAUCAGUUAUGGUCCGAUGACAUUGAAGUGACUUCCAUUGGCCCUGGAGAAAAUGUGAAAGUGAAACUCAAAGGCAUUGAAGAAGAAGAUGUAUCCCCUGGAUUUGUUCUCUGCGAUACUGCUGAACCUAUCACUACUGGGAGAGUAUUUGAUGCCCAAGUUGUCAUUUUGGAGCACAAAUCUAUCAUUUGUGCGGGGUACUCUGCUGUCAUGCACAUACACUGUGCAGCUGAAGAAGUUACUGUUAAGGCCCUUAUCUGCUUGGUAGAUAAGAAGACUGGAGAAAAAUCUAAAACACGGCCAAGAUUCGUAAAACAGGACCAAGUUGCUAUCAUGAGGAUAGAGUGCGCGGGAAUCAUUUGCUUAGAACCAUUCAAGAAAUUCGCUCAAAUGGGCAGAUUCACAUUAAGAGAUGAAAAUAAAACUAUCGCAAUCGGCAAAGUUCUAAAAGUGGUUGAAUAAAUACGGCACUACAAUUCGUAAUUUAGUUAGGAUAGGCCUUUCUAAAACCUGUAUCAUCAAGAAUGCAUGUAUUAUGGAAUUCUGACUGGUGGGAUCUAUGUGAGAGCUCGAGUGGAAGGCUUCAAUUUGCUGUUUUGAAUUAUAGAAAUGCUAGUCCUCACGGAACUUAAUUAUUGUUUCUCGGCCACUGCCAUUGAGCAAAGUACAUUUGUAUGGCAUAACACUCGCUCUAAAGACAUUAAAUGCUUUUUAUUUUAAUUUGAAAUUUUAAACCCAACUUUCGCUAACAACUUUGAAUAGAUGUCACUAGUAAAUUAUUAAAACUUUUUUUAAGUAGCUCCUAAACUAUUUUUUUAUUACAGAGCUCACGAUUUUGUUCUGUUACAUUGUAAUGUUCGAAAUAAAAUAUAUAAAAUAUUGUGGUUAGUAUGGUUAAUUUUGUGUAAACUUUGUAAUAAAUAGUUAAUUUUGAAUAACGAGAAAAA